AUGGCAAACGCAGCAGCAAAACGUCAUUUAAAUCAAUUCGCCCGGCGUUUUAGUGCUUCAGUGCAGGCUCCGCGAUAUAAGUUCGCGCCUAAAAAUUACACGGGACCUUCGCUAUCUAAAACGGAUACCUUGAAGUCGCGUCACAUACCGCCGGCCGUUCUCGACAUAUACAGGAAACCACUCGUCCUGCACCAGGGGAGCAUGCAAUGGCUGUACGACCACGAAGGUCGAAGGUAUUUGGACCUCUUCGGUGGGAUCGUCACAGUUUCCGUGGGGCACUGUCAUCCAAAAGUUUCGGAGGCUUUACACCAGCAAAUUGACACGCUAUGGCAUACAACCAACAUAUACCGUCAUCCGAGACUUUAUGAAUAUGUUGAAAAGCUCAUUGCGAAAUUCCCAGGAGACCUUAAAGUCGUUUACCUCGUGAACAGCGGUACGGAGGCGAAUGACCUCGCUGUGGUUCUAGCGAAGGCGUACACUGGCAACCAUGGAAUAAUUUCCCUGCAGAGCGCCUACCACGGCUGCUCUAGCGGCGUGAUGGGCUUAACCUCGACCCAGGGUUAUAGGCAGCCGAUGCUAACGCCAUCUGGUUUUUACAACGCGUUACUGCCGGAUCCCUACCGAGGAAUUUGGGGCGGAUGUAGAGACUCCCUGUCCCAAGUCCCAGGGGCCUGUUCGUGUCCCGGUGACUGCGUAACUUCUGAUAAGUACGUGCACCAGCUCAGCGAGCUGUUGGACAACUCUUUGCCCGCUGGAAGAGUGGCUGCUUUCUUUGCGGAGACCAUACAGGGUGUAAACGGUGCCGUUCAAUUCCCGAAAGGUUACCUACGGAAGGCAAAAGAGGCAAUCAGGAAGUAUGGCGGCUUGUUCGUCGCUGACGAGGUUCAAACCGGCUUCGGGAGGACGGGCGACGCGUUCUGGGGAUUCGAGGGGGAGGGCGUGACCCCAGAUAUAGUCACAAUGGCCAAGGGAAUAGGGAACGGUUUCCCGAUGGCGGCCGUGGUGACCACAAAAGAGAUAGCGGCCGCCCACGCCAAGUGCACGUAUUUCAACACUUUCGGCGGGAACCCACUAGCCGCUGCCGCUGGGAAGGCUGUUUUAGAGGUUAUUGAGGAGGAGAACCUGCAGGAGAACAGUAAGGUUCUCGGGAAGUACUUCGUGGAGCGAUUGAUGCAGCUGCAGAAGGUGUUCCCGACGAUCGGCGACGUGAGGGGCAAGGGGCUGAUGCUGGGCGUGGAGCUGGUCAAGCCGGGGACGAAACAGCCCCUCAGCAAGGACCACUUCGGGCGCAUUUUCGAGACGAUCCGGGACCUAGGCGUUUUGAUAGGACGCGGCGGACGCUGGGGCAAUGUUCUCCGUAUUAAGCCCCCGAUGUGUAUUAAUAAAGACGACGUGGACUUCACCAUGUCCGUACUAGAAAAAGCGCUGAAGAAGAAUGAAAACGUAAAA